ACAGUUAACCAGAGCCUGUUGUUUCUUUAUUUAUUUAUUUAAUUUGAACAUGAUACAGAGAAGUGGAUAUGAUGAUGACCCUGCCUACUUUUCAUCUGUUGCUUGUAGGAACCCUGCUCCUGCUGCAAACGUCUUUGGGGGCUGAACCCCCUCGUCCAAAUAUUGUCAUCAUCGUUGCUGAUGAUCUUGGCUUCAAUGAUGUGGGGUUUCAUGGCUCUACUCAAAUUCCAACUCCUAAUAUUGAUGCUCUAGCUUAUUCAGGAAUCAUCUUGAACAACUACUAUGUCCAGCCAAUAUGCACACCCUCAAGAAGUGCCCUCAUGACUGGGAAAUAUCCUAUACACACAGGUUUACAACAUUCAACAAUAGGUGGAUCACAUCCAUAUGGAUUAGGCCUGUCAGAAAUACUUCUACCCAAAUAUAUGACAUCUUUGGGAUAUACUAAUCACCACGUUGGGAAAUGGCACCUGGGUUUCUUCAAGAAGGUUUACACUCCUACAUACAGGGGUUUUGACACUCAUUUUGGAUAUUGGAGUGGUCGAAUAGACUAUUAUGAUCACACAGCUUUGGAGCAACCUGGCUAUUGGGGUUAUGAUAUGCGAAGAAACAUGACUGUUGCAAGGGAUUGCUAUGGUAAAUACACCACGGACUUAUUCACCAAUGAGGCUGUGGACAUUAUUAAGAAGCAUAAUUCAUCUCAUCCUCUGUUCUUGUACCUGGCUCAUCUUGCAGUCCACUCUGCCAACCCCUAUGCUCCACUACAAGCACCUAAGGAAGUGGUUCAAAAGUUUGCAUAUAUAAAAGACAAAAAAAGGCGCACAUUUGCAGGUGAAAGCCGCUGUAUGGGAAGGUGGGGUGCGAGGAGCUGGGCUGUUGUGGUCACCCUAUGUACUCAACCCUGGCAGAGUUGCUGACCAGAUGGUGCAUAUUACAGACUGGUUACCCACAUUGAUUUCUGCAGCAGGAGGUAACAUCACAUUCCCAGAACCUAUUGAUGGUAUGGAUUUAUGGAAGGCACUAACUCAGAAUCUGCCAUCACCCCGCACGGAAUUCUGUGUGAACAUUGACCCAAUUUUGAAUGGUGCUGCAGUUCGAUUUGGUGAUUGGAAAUUGAUUUAUAGUAAGUUCAGUAGUUAUGAGU